UGAAAGAAAAUUUAGAAAUGAGAGGGUUGAAGGGAUUGGUGAAGAAAGGGUUAGGUCUGGGAGACAUGGCGUUCAACGCCGGCGGAGGAGCCAUCAACUGGUUCCCCGGCCACAUGGCCGCCGCCGCACGCGCCAUCCGCCACCGCCUCAAGCUCUCCGACCUCGUCAUCGAAGUCCGCGACGCUCGCAUUCCCCUCUCCUCCGCCAACCCCGAUCUCCAGCCGCAUCUCUCCGCCAAACGACGCGUCGUCGCGCUCAACAAGAAAGACCUUGCCAACCCUAACAUCAUGCAUAAAUGGACGCAUUAUUUCGAGACGUGCAAGCAAGAUUGUAUUCCGAUAAACGCGCACAGCAAGAGUUCCGUGAAGAAGCUUCUGGAGCUGGUGGAGUUCAAGCUGAAGGAAGUCAUUAGCAGGGAACCUACUUUGCUUGUCAUGGUGGUUGGUGUUCCCAACGUUGGCAAGUCUGCGUUGAUUAACUCCAUUCAUCAAAUUGCGCAGUCUAGGUUUCCUGUGCAGGAGAAGAAGAAGCGUGCUACUGUGGGCCCGUUACCUGGUGUUACGCAAGACAUUGCAGGAUUCAAGAUAGCACAUAAACCAAGCAUAUAUGUCCUAGAUACCCCAGGGGUUCUGGUUCCAAGUAUCUCAGACAUAGAGACAGGGUUAAAACUGGCACUGGCAGGAUCUGUGAAAGAUUCAGUAGUGGGUGAGGAGCGUAUUGCUCAAUACUUAUUGGCAGUUUUGGAUACCCGGGGGACUCCGCUUCAUUGGAAGUACCUAAAUAAUAGAAGAAUAGACGGGAUUGAAUAUGAAGCUGAGGAAAAUCACGAAUAUAGUCUGAAAAAUCUUAAGCCAAAGAGAAGAAAUCCGCCAAACAGAUCUGAUUUGGUCUAUGUUGAGGAUCUUGUAAUGGAAGUUCAACGUGCACUCUACUCAACUCUAACAGAAUUCAAUGGGAACGUAGAAGAUGAAAGUGACUUAGAAAACCUUAUUGACCUGCAAUUUAGUGCACUACAGAAGGCAUUGAAGAUACCUCACAAGGCUUCAGAAGCACGGUUAAUGGUAUCCAAAAAGUUCCUUACUCUAUUCAGGACUGGUAAGCUUGGACCUUUCAUUCUUGAUGACGUCCCGGAUAUCCAGCCCGUAUCAUAAUGAAAGAUUGAAUUCUUUUUUCCCCAUCCCUGUCUUGUGUAUUAGAUCUCUCACGUUUCCCAUUUGUGCUAUCUGUAUUAUCUUUCGUUCCAAAUUUUGCUGUAACUUGUAAAUAGCGACGGAUUUAAUUUAGAAAGAGAUUGAACUUCCUGUGAA